AUGCUCACGACCAAUGGCUCAGUCUUCAUACCCUUCAUAAUGACACUGGUUGGAAUUCCUGGCCUGGAGCCAGUACAGUGUUGGAUUGGGAUUCCAUUCUCUGCCAUGUACAUCAUUGCUGUCAUUGGAAAUUCCCUUAUCUUGUCUAUAAUCAAAUCUGAAAAAAGCCUCCAUAAACCCAUGUACAUAUUUUUAGCUAUGUUAGGGGGCACAGACAUUGCACUUAGCACUUGCAUCCUUCCCAAAAUGCUAGGAAUCUUCUGGUUUAAUUUGCCAGAGAUUUAUUUUGAAGCCUGUCUGCUGCAAAUGUGGCUUAUUCACUCAUUUCAAGCCAUUGAAUCUGGUGUCCUACUGGCAAUGGCAUUGGACCGCUAUGUGGCCAUUUGUUAUCCACUGAGACAUGUCACUAUCUUUUCACAGCAACUUAUGUCUCGUAUUGGAACUGGAGUGACACUCAGAGCUAUCAUUCUUACAACACCAUCCAUUAUGCUUAUUCGAUGCUGUCUUAAACUCUACAGAACUACAAUCAUCUCCCACUCUUAUUGUGAGCACAUGGCCCUUGUGAAGCUGGCUAUUGAAGAUAUCCGGGUCAACAAGAUAUAUGGCCUAUUUGUUGCCUUCGCCAUACUGGGAUUUGACAUAAUCUUUAUUACCUUGUCCUAUGUUCAAAUCUUCAUCACUGUCUUUCAACUGCCUCAGAAGGAGGCCCGAAUCAAGGCCUUUAACACAUGCAUUGCCCACAUUUGUGUCUUUCUUCAGUUCUACCUUCUUGCUUUCUUUUCUUUCUUUACACACAGGUUUGGUUCCCACAUACCACCAUAUGUUCAUAUUCUGUUAUCAAAUCUUUACUUGUUAGUCCCACCAUUUCUCAACCCAAUAGUCUAUGGAGUGAAGACCAAACAGAUUCGUGACCAGGUCUUAAAAUUGUUAUUCUCUAAAAAAACCUCUUGA